AAUUUGGAGAGCGACUCAGCCUCACAUUCCUGUUCCCGGUUGUAACAGCUGCUGGAGCACCAAAUGCGUUAGCCCGGCCAAAUAACGUCAACAUGGAUGCUAUGUGUGCAGCGCCGGAUAUGGAGAAAAAAAGAUCAGGAAAUCUGAAAAGGCCCCUCAGCACAGCUGAACGGUUUCCCUGCACCGCCCCAUCCAUAAAUAUGGACCAACACUGUGAAUUGUUGGACUUCUUACCAAAGGAUUAUCAGUACCAUGUAUGUAGGUACAAAGCUGUGAGCCAGUCCGGCGGUGACCGAAUCAGUUUUGAGGCAACGGUACGGAUGCCCCUUAAAUCGAAGGAGGAGAUCCUGGUGUGGCUGAAGUCCAUGGCAGUCACAUGGAGAGUGGCCCACACCAGGCCCACGAAAGGCCACAGGAUCAUCUUCAAAGCAGACUACCGGUGCCAGCAUAACACCAAGCCCAGGAAAACAAUAAAGGCUGGCAGGGUGUCCAAAAAUACAGAUUGCCCUGCUAAACUUAAAGUUACCCUUGUGCGCACUGAGCUUUCCCAUGGGCAACAGAGCAGAAACACUGAUCCUCACAUACCAGAGUACCCAACACUGGUGGAUAUCAGCAAUAUUCACAAUCACAACAUACAUAUGGCUGAUGCUGUUCAUCACUGGGAUGUGGACACUGAGACUGCGGAGAAGAAGCUCACAGCACCAGAGGCCAUUUUAGACAGUAAGGAGUGGCACUCCAUGAUCAAGGAGUUUUCGGCCAUGGGGCAGAGCAGUGAAGGGUUUCAACGAGCAGCAUCAGCCAUGAUGCACACCUUCCAUAGGCUAAAGGAGAACCCCUCCAUGCUGCAGUCGGCGAUGCACAUGUUUGGUCACUAUGGUUCCAAGAGCCUGGCAUCGCAGCAAGCACGAGCUCUCCGGCGGGCCGCUAACUGUUCUGGGACAAGUAUAGCCGCACAGCCCACUUCUGUUGCCCGCCGAAAGGUCAAGCGUGGGGGUAGACAACGAAUCACUGCUGGGAGGCCAAAGAAAAUUGUUGCAACCACGGACCAUCGCUACAGCUACCAAAGAGUGAAGUCUGGCACUCACAGCUUGUCCCAAGCAGUAGAGGUGCGUUGCAGCAAUCCAAAGUAAUUAACUCUCCACCACCGUGCCCCUCACCUUCCCAUUUUCCUCCCUCCAAAGAGGCUAGAGGCUCUCACACUGUGCACCUCACAUUCCCUGUUUUCCAUAGUUGUUUUUGUAUAUUUGAUUGUAUAUAGUUCCUUUCACAAAACCUAUACACAUCGACAGUGUUGCUGCCUACAAUUGUUCAUACAAAUCUGUUGUUAAUGUCCACUUACAAACCUAUACAAAGUGAGUGUGGUUGUACUGUUUAUCUCAACUGACGACACGUUUUUAUAGACUUGCUUUUUCAAAUAUUUUUUAAUUUUCACAACUAUUUGUUUUUUGAUAUAUAAGUUGUAUCCAACUUGUUAGCUAUUUUUAUUUUUUACUGUUUUCUUUUUGUUUUUUGCAUAUAUAUAUGCACGUUGUCUAUAUGCAUUUGAUUUACUGUAUUUUUGUUAUUUUUAUACAUUGUUAUGCAUUGAAAAAGCCUUGAUUUACAAUGAAUUGACCAGUGUUUUGUUAAGUUAAAUACCAUUACCCACCGAGUGCUAUUUGCUUAAUACCAUUAGCUAUUUCUUGAUUAUCUUAACAAUAAAAUUUCAUCGUCAGCCUCAUUCUGGCUUUAAUUUCUAUUACGGAAUUAGUGUUAAACUUUAAUGAAAAGAUUAAUUUAAAAUAAAAACUUUUCGUGGGCCACUCUUAUCAACGAUAAGGUUAUCUACUACACACAUAAAGCAUUUGGUUGCUGCACACACAGGAUCAAAGUGGAUACACGUUUUAAAAACUCUUCAUACAUACCUUCUAACAUACUGAAAAUGUAGAAGGGGACCAACUUGGCACAG